GGUUCGCAAGCAACGCAUCUACAGCAUGCUUCAGUCGAAUCUCAUUCUGGAGUAUUUUUCAGCUCAAAACUUCGUAAUUGGCAUUUCAAAUUGAGCGAAACAUUUAUACAGCAUGACUCAGAGGACAAUCGCAUGAGAGAGUUGGUCGGCAGAAACAGUGAUAGACAUUCAUAUAGCCGCACCUAAAGAUACCUUCUAAUAUGAGUACCGAAACGAAUAAAACAACCACCUUGAAAGCAGUGAAGACCGGCAGAGCCGCGCCAACGAAAACACCCCCUAACACUCAUCACGGAACCGAUUAUCAACUCAAAAUCACGCUCUGGAGUUUGCUGAUUGUAAAACUAAAUAAUUCCAACGGCAAGUACAGUAAUUGUUCAAUCACCGCCGAAGAUCCGCUGGGAGGCAAGUUCGACGAUACGGUGCUGCAAUUCCCAUUGCUAGACGGCAGCAACCAAGCAGUCUACAUUCAAGCAAAGCACAAACAUGAUACUAAAUACCGAAUUACUAGUGGUGAUCUGCUUGCAGCAUCGGAUAAAGCAUUUUCGAUCAAGAUGUACUUUGAAUCAUUUCGUGAAUUACAUAGCCAAGGGAAGACAAACGGUGCAUGGUUCGUGGUGUGCACCAACGCUGGCGUAUCGCCGGAUGCAACGAAAGUUUUGGAAAAUGUUGUGAAUUCAUCGACAGAUGAUAUCACUGCCAUUUUCAAUCGUGUAAAGGAUGCAAAAAAUUAUCGAUUUCAUAAAGAGAAGCUUCGUAAUAUUGAACCAUUUAAAAGCUUCUUUGCCAACUUGACGAUCGACAACGAUGUUCUCGAUCAAUUCUUUGGAAAAUUUCUAUUGAUAAGCAACAUGAAAGGAACCGAGAUCAACAACGAUGUCAUCAAGCUCUGGCGACACAUGGACGUUCCAGGUAGUUCGUUAUUUACGCAACAGAUGGGAUUAAUUGAACAAGCGAUCGCUCUGGAUCAUUUAUCGAACGUUGCGUGGACAAUGACCAAAUUUUCGAAAACGAAAUCUGAAACUGACAUCGAGGACAUCUGUCAAACAAUCGUACGUAAUUUAUACUUCCUACAGCUAAAAGGGGCCACUAGCAUCUUCUGCAAGAGCUUUGAAAAUAAUGAUGUUAGAAUCAAAAGUGAGGCUUUAGAACAAUCGAAGGCUUAUAGGGCAUGUCUGACUGGUGGAGUGCAUGAGUAUUGCUCAAUGCUUGACACAGAAGUGAGCUGCAACAUAAUGUUUCAAAUAGUCCAGUUGGUUAAAUCUGAAUGUUUUUCCACCAAUUCGAAACCCGAGAUGGUUAAGCCAGAAUAUAUUUUCACCGACGCUAAAACCUAUUCGAAGAUAGCAAGUGUUAUCAAGGAUAUUUUUUGCUUUUUAGAAUGUACUUUGGUGUUAGUUAUUGUUUGCGAAGAAGAUAUCGCGACCAUUUCAAGAAGCGUCGAAGAGUUGUUUAAAGACAGCGAGACCAAGUCUAAAAAAACGGUUAUUCUCAUUACGACGAGCGAGCGCAAAAAUAAUGAGGAAGAAUUUCGCGUAUCCGAUCUCACAGAACAAGCAAAGCAGAGGGUCUUUGAAAACUACUCGCAAAUGAAGUUGUUUUAUGCUAAAGUACCAUUAGUAAAGUGGAUAACAGAAGUGAACAAUUUGGCAUUUGCAAUUAAAUUGAUCAAAACAGCACGGUCUGAACAAUCCAACACACAUCCGUGUAUAAAAAGUUUUGAGAAUAUCGAAUCACUUUACAUUCAUCGACGCUGUAAGAUAUCCUCAAUCAAUGAUCGUGACAAUAAUUCAUGGUCAGAAACGUUUUUCGAUUGUGCUGACUAUAAGCAAAAAAAGCUGAGUCAUUUUAAGAAACCUAUUAGUUUCAAGACACUAGCUGAAGAAAUGGGAUUACACGAAGACUUUUAUCCCAGUAAUAACUAUAAUCACAUCAUGCAGGAGGCUACUGAAAAAGUCUAUUCUCCCCCUCCAGGCAUGGACAUGGACACUUCCGAUCGGGUGAUCAUAAUCUUGGAGGAAGCAGGAUUCGGAAAGACUACCUACAUGACCUGGGUGGCCUGGUACUACGUUGUCCAUCGACAGCGUAGCUGGGUUAUUCGGCUUAACGCGAUCGAAUAUUCAUUCGAUUUUAAGCAAACCCUCGAAGAUCAUGGUCCAGUGUUAGAUAACAACAAGGCAGUAAGGAUACUUUUUCAGCUAAUAUAUUUGGCACUAUCUAUACCCAAUCUCACUAUAAAAACGCCACAGGAAACAGAUUCUGAGAAAAGGAAAGCGAAAAGAUGGGCCGAAUGUUUAACGUUAUCUAAGGGUAAAGUGGUGGUGAAUUGUGCCAGAGAUGCAUCCGUUGAACAACAAAUCGCGCUGAGAGUUUUUAAAGAGAAGUUCAACGAACAGGGAAUAGUGCUGUUAUUCGAUGGAUUUGAUGAGAUCGUUCCGCACUACAAGGAUCUGCUAUUGAACUUCUUUUCACACAUUGCUAAGUUUAAAGGAAUCCAUAAACUGUACUUCACUAGUCGUCCGUACAACUUCAUAGAUGAGCUAAAAGAUGCAUUUCAAGUCAAUAACAUCUAUAGAAUUGAAACUUUAUCCAUUCAGGAUCAGUAUGCGUUUCUACAUAAAUAUCUUGGGAGCAACUUCGAGGGGUAUGAAGGGUGCGUAGGUACUAAGCGCAAUAGCUUGUGGGAGAUAUUACUUGAAAUUCUUAAGACCAUUCUUGGCGAGUUGCUGCCUAUUCCAUUGUUCUUUAGAAUGGCCUUAGAUAUACUGACACCACGUCUGAGGGAAAAAAUCAACUUUAUAAACUAUACUAUUUCACCUACAUUAUUCCAAGAAUUGCAAACUAUGUUUGGUCGUUCACGAAUUCUAGAAGCAUUUGUGAAUAUAAAGCUGGCUAUUGCAAACGACAAGAUAUUGGAAUCCUGUCUGCUGAAAAAUGCAGAAGCCACAGCGCAUGCACAAAUAGACGCGAAGAAACUGAAUGAAUUGAAGAGGAACGAUCUUUCACUGCUAGCGAUUUAUACCAUAUUUCCAGACUACCAACUGUUGACACGACGAGAGCAGCAACAGUGCGAACAGUAUCUGAAUGAAAUUGAAGACGGAACUGAAAAGUCCGGCAUCGUCGAAGGUGUUCAAGGUGGAGUACCACUGUGGAUUCACCGCAUGUUUGCCGAAUACUUUGCGGCGCACUGGCUUUUCGAAAAUAGAGAUCGGCAUGAAGUACGAUUGUUUUUCAAAUCAAAAUCCUAUUGGGACCUUCGAAACAACGAAGUAAGAAAGAUAUUUGACGAGAUCGCUAUCCGCGACAUCGAUGGCAACGAUAGUCCAGCGCAUCUUGCAAUUCUUCGAGAUGACACAAUUAGAUUGAAGAACGCGCUGACAAAUAAUGAACAUCUGCAGACAGACGCGAUAGGAAGGACACCAUUGCACCUUGCCAUACAGUACUUUGGCAAUAGGCGAUACAGAAGACAUCCAGAAUGGUUCAUGUGCCUGAUGGAGUACCUUGAAGAAAUGAAUACUGCGCAGAAAUUUCUUAUCAUCGAUGCGACAGCGACGGAAUGAUGCGACAGCGACGGAAUCAUCGACAGCGACGGAAUGAUUAACUAUCUGCUAAAAAAUAAUGCUUCCAUAAAUGUCACAGCGUUAUCGGAGCAAUUACAAGGACACGAUCCGAGCGAUUUCAGCGAGAAACUUGCGCGUUAUGACAAGUAUGUGAUGGAAUUCGCACAUGACAUCGACAAAGAUAAGCCUCGAUUCCCUCAUAGUGCAAAACAGAUUGAAACCAUGCGUACGGUUUGUAAUAAUGUCAUUAAUCACAUUCAAAACAAUCAUAGCGAAUGGUUUGAAGCAAACAAAAUCAACAUACUGUUGAUGUGCGCCGAAAGGGAUUCGGUAUUACUGCUUCGCAGUUUGCUGGCAUCUGAAACUGACCUUAUAACUGCCUCUAAUCAAGCCACAAUCAUUGCGGAAGCACUCGAACAUUAUUCCUUCCAUGUUCUUGGUUUCCUUAUUCACGAACAUAAAAUUGAUGUUUCGGAAGCGAUCGAUGCGCAUCACACCCACAACCUGCUUGAGUACUGUGUCGAAAAUGAAUAUAAAAAAUGGUUUGCCUAUUUCCUCAAUCUCUGCAGCUCCGUAUUAAACAUCCCAGGUCGUACGCGUUGGGACGCAUGUGAUUCGAAGAUGGUUGAGCUACUGUCCUCUGUAUCGGUUCCCCUUCCGGCAAGGGCUCAUUUUCGGAUUUCGAGCAUCAAAUUAGUGGAAAAGGUUGAUUUUGAACAAAGCUCUGUGCAGCGCUAAAAAGCGUGGCUGUUCUCAGUCGCUGACGCUAUUCGACUCUCCUUUAUUCAUGGUUUUUCUAGCCCCUUGUCAGAAGUUCUCUCUCACUCGUAGGUGAGCUACUUGUGGCCGCUCACAGGCUCUACCGAUAGCUGCCGCUAUCGGUAACACUCUGUGAUAGGGUACGGUUCUAUCAAGCACCUUCAGCAUUUUAUCAAUACAGUUUUAGUAGCCAUCGAUGUGCGAUUUGUUUAUGCACUCUUAAAUCGAGUAGAAUUCUUUCGUCAUUCACGCAACGUUUUCAAUGCGCUGAAAAUUGUGCUCGAUAGAACCGAAAACGUGUACGAUAGUGACGAAGAGGGUCGUAACCUGUUGCACCGCAGCGCGCAGUUGGGUCUUUUCGAAGUGGUCAAAUAUUUGAUCUAGCAAAAACAGUUCAAUGCAACGACCGUGAAUUCUCGUAACAAUUGGAACGCAUUUCACUAUUGCGUUUCGGUACCUUUUGAUAAGUGGGCGGAUAUAUAUGAAGAAGCAUGGUGCGAAUCAUUCCAAUACAUGAUGAAGAACAGUGCCAUCAAUGUGUUGGAUGCAGCAGGAAAAAACGUUUUCCAUUUGGCGGUCGUCAAUAAACACUUCGAUAUUGCCAAGCACAUUUUGGAUAUGGUUUUAAGAACUACCCGUGCUAAGAAUCGGUCCCUACAACAGGAAGAGUACAUAGAGUCGUCAAACCUCAGUGGUAUGAAUGAAUGUACCCUUGAAUUCCUUGAUUUUUUAGCAUUUUGUGAGCUUCAUACAAAAAAAAUAAUUCCCCAAAUUCCCCAUUUUUUUUGUAUAGAGCGUGCGGCUCAUACGCUUAGCUUUGUUCUGUGUACGCUAUCAUCUGGACACUCCAUAAUAAAUGAAUAUUGUAUACGGUUAGAAUUAUUUAUACGUUAGACGGGACGUUAGACGUUUAUAACGAGAAAUAUAUAUUUCAAUGCAACUAAUUU